AUGACGGAUGCACCGAUAGACUCAUCGAUUCGUAUACAACAUAUAGCUGACUUCAAACCUCCAGCUUUAUCCCGCGCCUGGGCGUCAAUACCAAAUCCGAAUGAUAUACCCCUCAUCGCGACCGCGACAUCUGACAAAACCGUUCGCGUCUAUUCUCUAAAGAACUUUACUUUACACAGCAAAUUGGAAAAGGCACAUGAAAGGAGUGUAAGGAGUGUUGCGUGGCAGCCGAGGAUCAAGGGAAAUGAGUCGGUCAUGAGCAUUGCGACGGGGAGUUUCGAUGCGACAAUGGGGAUUUGGCAUCGGCGAGAACAAUUUGGCGAACACGGAGAUUCGAGACAGGAUGAAACUGGGGGCGAUGAGGUAGCGGAGGUAGAGAUUUCCGGAUUUGGACAAUCGAAGCCACAUAAACGCAUGGAUAACUCUGAUGAUGAUUCAGACGAGUCGAGUCCUGAGGACUGGGAAUAUAGCAUUGUUCUUGAAGGACAUGACAGUGAGAUUAAAAGUGUUGCAUAUUCGCCAUCUGGGCAAUACCUUGCAUCUUGUAGUAGAGAUAAAAGUAUAUGGAUUUGGGAAGAAAUUGGAGAGGAGGGCGAGGACGAAUUUGAGACCGUUGCAGUAUUGCAAGAACAUGAUGCUGAUGUCAAGUGUGUUACGUGGAGGAAAGACGACGGGAAUGGUGAAGUUUUAGCAAGCGGGAGUUACGAUGAUACGAUUCGGUUAUGGAGAGGGGAUGAUGAGGGUGAGUGGUCGUCAGUUGCGGUUUUGGAAGGGCAUGAAGGAACAGUAUGGUCAUUACAAUGGGAACCAGAGGUAUCACGGAAAGCCUUCAUGCAAUCGGAGGGUACCGAUAAUGAAAAUGAGUACAACAAGCCUGCUCAGCGACUUCUAUCUUCUUCCGCAGAUCAUUCGAUACGAGUAUGGAGUAAAGCGCCUACACCACCGCCGCCGAAUAAGCCGUCAUAUUUUUCGAAUGCUGGGAUACCUUCAACCAUGCGACCUGGACCAUCUAUGGAGACCUGGGUAUGUUCAGCGACUCUUCCCACUGUUCAUACACUUCCAGUAUAUUCUAUUUCUUGGUCGCCUAUUUCUGGACGGGUUUGCAGUACCAGCAGCGAUGGUCGCAUAGUCGUGUAUGAAGAGCAGACUAAAGGUCGGACUAGCGUUGGUGGUGAGAUCGAACGAGCUUGGGUUGUGAUUGGCACCAUUGAAAGUGCUCAUGGGCCGUAUGAGAUUAACCACAUCACUUGGUGUAAGCGUUUUGAUUCUGGAAAGAGGCGACCAGACGAAGAAUUGAUUAUCACCACAGGUGAUGAUGGUGCAGUCAGAGCCUGGUCACUUGAAGAAGUCACUCAGAAUGAGAAAACAAGUGCGAGUGAUGUGCCGAGUUCUUAA